AUGUCGUCCUCGUCCAAACUUCCCUAUGGCGUCCGCGCAAAGAAUCACCCCAAUCUCCUCGUGCGCAAGUUGUUCGCCAUCGCCGAGGCCAAGCAGACCAACGUGACGGUCUCCGCCGAUGUCACCACCACCAAGGAGCUGCUGGACCUGGCCGACCGACUCGGCCCGCAUAUCGCCGUCCUCAAAACACACAUCGACAUCCUGUCCGACCUCAGCCCCGCAACCACCACGGGCCUCGCGCAGCUCGCCGAGAAACACAACUUCCUCAUCUUCGAAGACCGCAAGUUCAUCGACAUCGGCAACACGGUGCAGAAGCAGUACCACGGCGGCGCGCUGCGGAUCUCCGAAUGGGCGCACAUCAUCAACUGCAGCAUCCUUCCGGGCGAAGGCAUUGUGCAGGCGCUCACCCAAACCGCGGCAUCCAAUGACUUCCUCCCCUACGCCGCUGAGGGACGCGGUCUACUCAUUCUCGCCGAAAUGACCUCCAAGGGCUCGCUCGCCACGGGCACGUACACCACGCGCUCGGUGGAUUAUGCGCGUCGCUACAGACAGUUUGUGAUGGGGUUUGUGUGCAACCGGUCGCUGAGCGCGGAGCAGUCUACCGAGACCAGCAGGGAGGACGGCGAGGAUUUUGUCGUUUUCACCACGGGCGUCAACCUGGCGUCUGCCGGCGAUGCGCUGGGCCAGCAGUACCAGACUCCGCAGUCGGCGGUGGCUCGUGGCGCCGACUUUAUCAUUGCUGGACGAGGCAUUUAUGCUGCUCCGGAUCCCGUGGAGGCGGUUAGGCGGUACCAGCAGCAGGGAUGGCAGGCCUAUCUGGAGCGCGUAGCCUAG